UCAUUCGGUCGUCAGAUGUAACGUUUCGUUCGUAGUUAAUUAGCGCGGUGUUUGGAUGCUAUACGAUGAAGUGUAGUGUAGUACAACAGUUGCUAUAGAGCAUACAGUAACAACAACACUAAUUGGGAUCGGUUGUGAUCUGUGAACAUAAAAAUGCAAAUAUGGCCGCCACUUGUUGGAUGAUGAAUUUUGUUUUAAAGAAAAGGAAGUGUUAAAAAAAAGUACGUAAACUUAUGAGUUUGUAAGGAAGAGAUAAAGAUUAGAAAAGUGCUUAAUCGGAAAUUUUACCGAUAUAGUGAAAUGGAAUUUUUCCUGGAUAAUCAGUAAAGGCGUAAAGUGAAUGAAAAUGAAAAGAGAAUGAAAAGAAAAUAGAAGGAAAUAUGUAAGAUCAUGGAAUGAGAGGAGUACCAUAGUAAAAGAAGAAGUGAUUUAAUGAAAGUAAAAAGCUAAUUAAGGAGCUCAUAUGCUUUGCAUGCAAAAUAGAAGUGCACAAUCUAUAUAUGUACAUACAUACACAAUAUAUGAAAGCAGUAUUCACUAUACAUAAUUUAAAUAGAGUAGAAGCAACGAAUAUGAAGCAAAAUGCUAACAUACAUAAGUUCGAGAUUAAAAAAUGAAGUGAACGAAGAAGAAAUAAUACACAAUUAAAUAAUAAAACGACGAAUAAACUUAACAAAAGAAAAAAUAUCUAAAUGGUCGCGGCCACUUGGCAACAGCUUUUCGAUAACAAAGCGAAAUGAAAACAUAACGUAGCAACAAUAACAAAUGCUGCAUUAAAUCUGCACUGCAUUGUACCUUCAACAGUAGAACUACAAUUAAAAAGUACUCAUAUUUGAAGCAAAACUUAUUAAUACAAAGUGAACGAAUAGUUAGUGGAAAAAAUUUGCAAUACUUUUCUCUUGCUUACGACGAGUAUCAAUAGCUUUGAAUGUACUAUAUGUAUAAAUUUGUACAUACAAACGUAUUUCUGCGAAUUUGCAUUAUACGAUUAAAAGUGCUAAAUGUGUAAUUUGCUUUACACUAUUUCGAUACUUUCCGACCACAAUAUCAGUUUUUUGUUCGUUUUGGAAUUCCAGCUUCAGACACGCAUUGCGCGAAACUCAAUUUACAAAACAUUCUAAAGAAAACGUGAAAAUCGUGCAAAAUACCAAAAAUAAAAACAUCCGCGGUAUAAUUGGAAUGGAAAAGAGAGCAUCAAAAUCUUGAUAUGUGCAUACAUUCAUACAUAUGUACAUACUCGGGUAUUCUACACUCAACAAUUCGACACGUCUAUUAAAAGUUGAUUUUCUGAUUCGCUGCUGACAAAAAAAUUAAAAAAGGCGGCUCCAAAAAAUUUAGAAAUAAUAUAAGUAAAGUAAAAAACUUUAUUCAAAUAAAAGUUCUGAAAAAAGCAAUAACAAGAAUGAAAGUUAAUAAAUAAUUGUGAUACCUUUUCAAAAUGUUGUUUAAAGUGCCCGUUAUUGGAUUUGCUUAGUAAUUUCCCACUUACAAAUUGUCGAAUAUAUGAAUCGUAAUUACAAUUUUCCUCCUGAACGGCCUUAUCAGUUACUGUGUGAAAUAGUAUUUUACUUACAUUUCGUUACAUUCCAAACAUUCGCUAAAAUCGUGAAAACCUAUGGAAGACCCAUCUAUCAAAAAGCGGUGAGUCUUUUCAUUAUCUAACUACAUAAAAAAUGACCCUAUGAUUACAUAUUUCGAAUCAAGAUUAAUUGAUUUUGGUAUCGAUGAACAUGAGUAUGACGAGGUUCAUGAACUACCAGAAGAAUCCAACAUUAAUCCACAAAUUGCAACUACAACAACAGAUAUACACGUACAACAGCAGCAACCACUCUUACACGCCACAAAUACAAAAAACAACAACAACAGCACAAACACAACGGAUUUACCCCCCGAAUUGCCACCGCCAAAGCAAAACAAAGUGAAGAACUCAAAGAAAAAUAAAUCGAAAUCGAAAAUUCCACGCUCACCAUCACUUGCCUCGAGCAGCAGCAGUGCUGCGUUAACGACGACAACUGGUGGCGGUAGUAAUCAUCUAAACAACAGCGGCAAUAAUUUUGGUAGUGCAAUUAAUUAUUCACAAUCGGUCAGUGGUGGCCGCAACACACCAUACUCAUCCAUACCACCACAGACACCACCACUGCCGGCCAACUAUCAACAAAGUAAAUUGCAACAUAUGAAUGGUGGCAACGUCACACCAACACAAAAGAUUCCACAAACGCCAUUAGGUGCAUUCGGUGCCGGCAUUUCACCUGUGACGCCAACAACACCAACAAUUCUGGUGUCCAACAGCGGUGGUAAUAAUAAUGUUGGUUUCGCAAGCACACCAACCGGUGGUAGUGUUGUUGUUGGUGGACUCGCAGUGAUGGGUGGCGGUAGUGUGCCACUUAGUGGUGGCCUCGGUGCCAAUGGCUCAAGCGUUGGCGGCAAUGGCGUCGGUGGUGGCGGUGGGGGUAAUCAGCGGGGAAGCGUUAAUAUGGCUUCAGCUCGACGCCCACAGCUGCAAAUCUCUCCCAUACCGGAGUCGCCGAAACAUUUUCAGUAUUUGACUUUGACGGUGCGCAAGGACGAGAAUGGAUAUGGCAUGAAGGUCUCUGGCGACAAUCCAGUUUUUGUUGAAAGCGUUAAACCAGGUGGAGCGGCACAAAUUGCUGGCUUAGUUGCCGGCGAUAUGAUCUUAAAGGUCAAUGGACAAGAAGUGCGUAUGGAGAAGCAUCCAACUGUGGUUGGCUUAAUAAAAGCCUCCACCAUUGUUGAAUUGGCGGUGAAACGUAGUCAAAAGUUGGCACGCCCCUCAUCUGUCGGCAUAGUACCCUCUACACCCAUACUAUCGGGACGUGAUCGGACUGCAUCCAUAACAGGCCCACAACCGGUUGAUAGCAUCAAACGUCGUGAAAUGGAAACGUAUAAAAUACAAACACUACAAAAGAUGCUGGAACAGGAGAAACUGAAUUUGGAACGUCUGAAAGGUGAUACCAACGAUCCGAGCUAUAAACUUUCCGAAGCGAAUAUACGAAAGCUGCGCGAACAAUUGCGAAAAAUCGGUGCAGAGGAUGCACCAACAAUCAAAUUGCAACCAACUGCCAACAACAAUAAAAAUACCGCAAUCCUCUCGCCUACGCAAAUACACCAUUUAUCUGUGUCCUCCUCCCACCAACACCACCACAACCAGCAUCUACAAGCACAUCAUCAUCAGGCCAUCACACCACAACCACAAGUUCAAUCCUCUCCUGCCUUCCUCUCACUCUUACCCCGCUCGCUGUCCUCACUUUCGCUGGGCACGCGCAAAAAUAAAAUUGAUAAAGAUUUAAUUACUGCGCCAUUGAAUAAUACAACGGAUUUUCUACAUCAUCACCACCAACACCAUGCCAACAACAACAAUGCGACCACAUCACCGCUGCCGCCCUACAAUAUGUCACAAUCGUUGCAUCAACCGCAAACACAAACGCAACAGCAACAACAACAGCAUCGCAACUCAGCUCAACAGUCGCUCUUCUACCAGCAGCAGCAGCAACAACAACAACAGCUGCAGGCGCGCCUCAAAGAAACGCCAAAAUCGUCGAGCUCCAAAAGUAAAAAUAAAUUCGCCGCUCAAGCGAAAACGCACAGCAUACAAGAAGAUGUACCGCCGCCGUUGCCGCAACGCAAUCCGCCGCGUCAGUUGCAGCUAGACAAUAACGGCAACAACGCGGCGGGCGUAAUGAGCAAUAGCAGCUGCAGCAACAGUGCGUCUCUAUUUGCACCCAUUUCCGAUCUAGACUUGGCUGGCAGUCCGCAGGGUAAAUCGCCGCAACCAACUUUGCCGCCACCGCCGAGUGCGUCUGCCCAAAGCAGCGCAGCCGCGGCAUCCUCAUCACAAAAGAAACGCUCUAAAGCCAAGACGAAAGCGCUCUCCGAUCCAAAGAUGUCAACGCAAAUGUUCCUACAAAUGGAGACGUCAGUGGGCGCCAACGCUGCCGGCGGUGCGGCAGCUGAUGGCAGCAACUGCGAAACUGAUUGCGUACCACCGCCGCUGCCGCCGCGUCAACCCGGCAUGCUGGAAGAGUCAGCAUCAGCGCAUAGAGGCAGUUUCUCGAAUUUGAACGUGGCUGGCCAAGGUGGUGGGGGUGGUGGUGUUGGUCCGCGUCCGCCGCCCAACAGCAUCGACACUCUGCUCAACUAUCCGCUCGUGUCCACCUGCACACCUAUACAUCGCGAUAAUAUGGCGGCGGCAUUCCCGCUAUCGCAGCGCCCCAACAUCGUGCAGCAAUUGCAGCAACACCAGCAGCAGCAACAACAACUGCAACACAGCAAUAGCUGCGCAGGAACUGCAACAGCAGCUGUCUUGGGGCAAACGCCACAAAAUUUGAAUAAUCUCAACAAACAUAGACGCGUGGUUUCAUCACCAGAGAAUAUGCAUCCCAGACAUCCAGAUCGCUUCAACAAAACCACUUCUGGUUCCUGGGAGCUCGCGGAGAAGGAUGACGAAGUAACACCGCCUGGCACACCGCCGCCCCCGUAUCUGAACAUGUCUGGCGCGGAAGAGCAACAACAUUCGGCGCAUGACAGUAGUGGUGGCGGUGGCGGCAUAUUUAUCGAAUCACAUCACUUUACACCACUCGCUGGCGCAGCUUCACCAACACCACCAAUCACCACAACCAUCGCCACCGCACAUUCCAAUCGCAUUUUAGCCGCACAAACGAACGCCACCCAAAAGGAGAUCAUCUCCAUGGAGGACGAAGAUGCUUCCGAUCAGGAGGGUCCAUUCAUCGAUGAGAAUGGCCCCUUUAACUAUCUGCAACGCUUGCUUGAGUCAGAGAACGUCGCCUUCCUGGCGGUCUUUCUCAACUACGUGCUAUCCAACUCGGAGCCGGCGCCGCUGCUCUUCUACCUAAUUACCGGCCUGUAUAAGGAAGGUACGGCCAAAGAUAUGCGCAAGUGGGCAUAUGAGAUACACUCAACAUUCCUGGUGCCGCGUGCGCCGCUCUCCUGGUAUCGCAAGGAUGAAUCGCUGGCGCGCGAGGUCGACAAUGUGCUGCAAAGCGAAUUCGAUAAGGUGGAAAUUUUACGUAAAGUAUUCUGGAAGAGCAGAAAGUGUGCGCGGGAUACGAUUUGUGCGCAGUUGCGUGAAUUCCAGCAGACGCGCACCGAAGGUUUGGGCACAAUUUAUGGGCCGACCGAUGCGCAACUGGCAGAGGCACGCGGCGAUAAGCAACGAGAGCAGCAUAUCUUUGAGGAGACGCUCAUGCGAAAGCUGCAGGUGUUGAUUGAAGAAUAUGAAAAAGACUUACCUCUAGAGGAUCCCAAGAAAUUGGCGCUUUGCUCGGCCUUAUCAACUGUAAUACAUCGUAUAUUUAUAACACGCUCGCAUCCGAACAGUAUUGUGGAUCGUGUGCAUCACUUUGUUAGUCGUGAGAAGAGUUUCAAAUCGCGUCUUAUGGGCAAAAAUCGGAAAAUGAUUGUUCGUGGUCAUCCAUUGGUAUUGCGACAAUACUACGAAGUGACCCACUGUAAUCAUUGUCAGACAAUUAUCUGGGGUGUGAGCCCACAAGGUUACCAUUGUACAGACUGUAAAUUAAAUAUUCACCGUCCCUGUUCGAAAGUGUUAGAUGAGAAUUGCCCAGGUCCGUUGCCGCAGUCGAAACGAAAAGAACCACAUAACGAUAACAAAAUCAGCAAAUUUAUGGGAAAAAUACGGCCGCGGACAUCGAGUGACUUUAUUUCAAUGGAAAAACGCGCACGUCACGAGGAAGAUUUCGAUCCCACGGAUUUUGCAAAUGAACGCUUGCACGCAUCAUCCAUAGUGCGGCAACCCUCCGAUCGCAGACCGGAUGCAGGCAACCAAGCGCUGCGCUCCAACGGCAAUGCCGCCGCCACAACGUCCGCCGACAACACAGACGAUGUACAGCUACGUUUGCCAUCGAGCGCUGCAUACCCAGCCGGCGGUUCGGGCGGCGAAACAGGCGCUGGCAUUGUCGGCAAAGGCGCAUUGGGACGCGGCACACGCGAAUCCAAUGUACCGUUGUCAGGCGAAGUGGCCGACAUGGGAGGUACAGCUGCCGCCGAUGCGAAUGCGCAGGACGCAGCAGAAGGGAAGGAUGCACGCCGAGAACGUUUACAUCAACAUCAUCAGAAUAAAAGCGCCCCCGUCUCUGUUAAUCGCUCCGAAUCGUACAAGGAGCGUUUAUCGCAAAAACGCAAUCGCAAUAGUCGACGCAAAACAUCAGAUCCUAGUCUGACGUCAAGGCCAAACGAUGAGCAAACCGAUGUUGGUCUUUCCAAUUCCAAUUACACCGCAAGUUCCAAUUCUAGUCUUUCCUCGGGUGGCGGCUCUGAGAGUCCCAGCACCUCAAUGGAACAAAUGGGCGGCGCUGGUGGUGCAACCGCCACCGCCAGCGGCCAUCCAAUUACACAUCAUCACAGCAUGCACGCCCACCACACUACACCGCAUCAUCACAUGCACCAGCACAGCCAUCAGGAUUCGUUUCAUGGAAGCAUUGGUGGCAGCUCGAUGAACACCAGCUUUUGGGGCAGCAGUUUUGGUGGCGUAGGCAGCGGCCAACCCGGUCAGCGACAAUGGAAUUUCGAGAGUGACGAUGACGAUGAUCUCAACGAGGCCGAUUGGAGUUCAAAUGUUACAGCCGAAAUAUUAGCUGCGCUCACCGAUGCAGAAAAGAAGCGACAGGAGAUUAUAAAUGAAAUUUACCAAACCGAGCGCAGUCAUGUGCGCAUUCUCAAGCUAUUGGAGCGUCUCUUCCUCUUACCGCUGCAAGAGAGCAAUCUGCUCACCCAAGAACACUUAAUGCUGCUCUUCCCGCCCGCUUUACUUUCACUACGUGAAAUACACUCGACCUUCGAACAACAACUGAAGCAGCGUCGCCUCGAACACAAUCAUGUGGUCACACACAUCGGCGAUCUGCUGUCCACCAUGUUUUAUGACAAGUCGGGCGAUGAGCUGUGCCAAUAUGCGGCACAAUUUUGUGCGCGCCAACAAAUCGCUUUGGAAGCGCUCAAAGAGAAGCGACGCAAGGAUGAACAGUUGCAGAAGCUAUUGAGUAAGGCCGAAUCGCAUAAGGCAUGCCGACGUCUACAGUUGAAAGAUCUGCUGCCGGCGGUGCUGCAGCGUCUUACCAAGUAUCCGCUGCUCUUCGAGAAUCUGUACAAGGUGACCAUACGCGUGGUGCCCGAGAAUACAACCGAAGCCGAGGCCAUACAGCGUGCGCUGGAGUCGUCGAAGAAGAUACUCGUUGAUGUAAAUCAGGCUGUGAAGACCGCUGAAGAUGCGCACAAAUUGCAAAACAUUCAGAAGAAAUUAGACAAGUCAACCUUCGAUAAGGAUGAAUUUAAGAAUUUGGACUUAACGCAGUACCGUCUCAUACACGAUGGUAGCUUGACAAUGAAGAAGAAUCCCAGCAUACAAUUGCACGGUCUACUCUUUGAAGAUAUGAUUGUGUUGUUAACCAAACAGGACGAUAAAUAUUCUUUGAAAUAUUUGCAUGCUACACGCAACACAGAAGUCAACAAUAAGCCAGUCAGCCCUAUAAUGAGCAUCGAUUCGGAGACGCUGGUACGCCAAGAAGCUGCCGAUAAGAAUUCAUUUUUCUUGAUUAAGACAAAAACAUCACAAAUGUUGGAAUUACGCGCACCAAGCAGUUCUGAGUGUAAAACGUGGUUCAAGCACAUUUCCGAUGCCGCUGAACAGUACAAACCACGUUCGAAGAACGCCAAUCAUGAGCCAGUUGACGAUCCAGCGAUCGCCACUUUACCGCAUUCCAAUACAAAGGAGUCGCUUGAACUCACACCGGAGCGCCCACCGCCCGCCUCGGCUAUAGCCACGGUGACAACCACACCGCUGGCGCCGAUGAUGCCAGUCGCCACCGCGACUUCGGUCAAUGUCAAUAACAAUAAUAACAACAGUAACGACCCCCACAAUGUGCAACUGCGAAAUGGGCGCCGUGAGAGCACUCCGACGCCUGGCAGCGUCGACCACAAAAUGCGGCUCAGCCACAACGAACUGUCACCUUCGAUCGGUUCAUCAUCGGCCGCCAUGUCAUCCGCCUCCACAGCGUCGCUGUCGUCUGCGGUUAACCGCACAAUGUCGACACGCAGCUGCGGUGAACCCAAUAACAACAACGACGGAUACGAGAACUCAAGCGUGACACUUCGUCACACACAAUCCGCCCGCCAGGCAAACGGUCACAAUGCGGGCGCCGGUGUGGAUGAGUUUGGGUCGAGCGUCAGCGGCGCAAGCAUCAGCAGCGGUUCAAAACGCGACAGCGCCAGCAUUGUGUACUCAAAUAACUCGAACAAUACGCGCACGCUAAUGCAAUCGUCUCCGCCACUGGUCGAGCCCACCGCCAUACAGAUCAGCAUUAGUCCAGCACAUACCGCUGAGCCGGUACUCACACCGGCCGAACGACUCCGCCGCCUUGACGCCUCUAUACGCGAAGGCCUUUUGGAGAAGCAGAAAAUCAUUUGUGAUAUGUUCAGGUUGCCGGUGGAGCACUUCCAUGAGAUCGUCGACAUUGCGGCAAUGCCAGAAGCGCCCAAAGACAGCGCCGACAUUGCGUUGGCAGCGUAUGCACAGGUGCAAUCACUAACCGAGGUUCUCAAUGAGUAUAUGCAUGUGACGCACGAACAAGAAAUAUCCGCCGUGUCCACGGCCGUUUGCGAUCAAUGCCAUGAAAAGCAACAGCAACAACAUCAUCAUCAUCACCACAGCCAGCGACCGCUGACGCCGCUCACAGCAGCCUCAUCGAACUCGUCGUCAACUUCAACAAUGAAUUCCACUAGCUCUUCGACUACAACACAAAUAGCAGCGACGAGUGGCGCCGCAACUGCAGCUGCGCCUUCAUUAGCGGACAUACCGCCACCGCUACCACCACCAAAUAAGCAGAUCGCACAACAGCAAACACCCACCGCAAAAACGCCUACCAGCGCGCGCACAGUGCUGCAAAACGCGUUGAUGGACGAGGACAUACACGAAGACGACGACGGCUAUUGCGAGAUUGACGAACUGCGGUUACCGGCAUUGCCGCCAACGCUCGCUUCAAAGGCAGCCAAAGUUUCUUCGCCUCCGCCACCUUUGCCACCACCGGUUGGCGUUUUGAAAGCACCGCCAUUGCCACCACCGCCAGCAACAACCCAGCAGCAGCAGGCGGAGAAGAAGAGCGCUUCCAAUGCGGCGACCGCAAGCACGAUGCUUCCAGAGGAAAACACUUCAACAACUGUGGUGCAAACGAACGCAGCUGAGUUGGUGAAACGGCAAAGCACAAUAAGUGCUGAUAGCAUUCCUGAAGAAUCUGCCGAUGAGGUAACCCAAGCACUGAGCGAAGAUAAAGUGAGCGCGCCAGCAAGCGGCGAGGUGGAGACAGUAAAAAGCGAAAAAGAAGUUGCGAAGGCGAUAGAUUCCGAAGUCGAACAGACACAGAAGGAGGAAAAGGAGGAGACGGAACAGUUAAAGGUUAAGCUUGAAGUUAAUGAGGAGAGAACAAGUAUCGGUGAAAAGAAGGAAGCAAGCGAAUGUAAACCAGCAGAGGAAACAAAAAACAUAACCCCAACAGUCACAAGCGAUUUAACAGAGAAAGCUUCCACUGACGCCGCAGAGCCGCAAAGUAGUGAACAGGGCGCUGAGCAUACAGAUGACAAGCCAACUACGACGGAUGCCGCUGCUGUGCGCGGCGGAAAAGAAACGGGAGCACUAGUAGCAGACGCUUCAGCAAAGCCAACAGAAAUUGAUGCAUCUACAACAGGAGCAAGCGCAGUCGCAGGCAAAAACAAAGCCGCCAACGAGCACAUGGAAGUCAAUGACGCCUAUGAAACAUUGUCGACGCUGAGCAGCAAGCUGAAAAACGCACUAGCCAUGGUUGAUAACUCCACACAGACAUCAUCAAUGACAAUGAGCUUAACCACUUUGGCCACAAGUGCCGCAACCAUCAACGCGAGUAUCAAUCUUCCUUUGCACUGCGGACCGAAUCGCAUACAGCACGCCAACUCACUGGAGCCAAGCGUGCCCUGUCAUGCGCUGAAUACGAUUGUCAGCUCACUGAAUUCGCAAAUUUCAUUACUUUUGCCAAAGAUUAAUGAACGCGACAUGGAAAGAGAACGUCUACGCAAGGAGAAUCAGCAUUUACGUGAAUUAUUAAAUGCUAUGCAUGAACGUCAGCGAGUUGAAGCAAAAUUGGAAACUCCAACCGAUGCGAAUGCUACGAUCAGUGCCAGCGAUACGGCAGCAGCCGAUGAAACGGAUAGCAGUAACGCCAAAACCUUCACCUCCUCCAACUCCUCUACAAAUCUUGCAGCAGCGACGAGCUCCACAUCUUUGGCGCCAGCAGCACAGGAAGGCAUUAGCACCGUCACAGCAACAGCAACAGUUAACAAAACAACAACAUUAGUAGCACCAGCAACAGUAGAUCAACCUACCACACCAACAAAUAAAAUAGCACCAGCAACAACAACGGAGAGCGAAAAAUAAAACAAACAAAAAAAUGGGCCAAAAUGUAGAGCAAAAUGAAAGCAAUUAGAGUAUUGACUAAAUGUAGACAAAAUUUAUAGAUUUAUAUAUAAUAUAUAAAUAUGUAGAUAUAUACCACUGGAUGUAUGCAUGCAUUGAUGUUGCACGAUUUCAAUUACUCAAUGUUAUAAAGUACAUUUGUAUAUUGAUGAUGAGUUAAAUUGAUUGUUUUCCCACACAUCAGCGCUGUCGGCGUUGUACGUACGUAUGUAUGCCCUUUCCGAUACUUUCGUACAUUCGUACCUUGGUUCUGACGAGUAAAAACUGCAUUAUAUAAAAAGCAAAAAUCAUGCAGCAACUGUAACAGCAACAGCAAACAAUAACAAUAAUAAUUAUGUAUGUAUCUAAUAGUAAAAUUAUAUGUACUAUGUAUACAUUUUCUUCAUGGAAAAAAAAUGCGCAAAAAAACUAAAUAAUUACAAGUAAAACAGUAGAAAAACAAACAUGAAAUAUGUAUGUAUGUCGUAAGUGAACGGCGAUUAAAUAAUUGUGUGUUAAGUAAUGUGAAAGCAAAAGUUAAUUAUAUUCAAAUACAUACAUACAUACAAACAUAUGUGUUUCAUGUACUUUUCGCUCAUUGUCUGUGGUUAUAUGUCAUGCAUACACAGUUUUUGAAGAAAUAAGGGACUUUGCUGAAAAUGAGUUUUUGUAUUUUGCACUAAAAUUGCGUUUGGAGCGCAUCGCAGCCCAUAACUCGUCAUGCAGAGGAGCUCAGUAAAAUCGAAAUAAACAAUUAGCUGACAUUUGAACGCUAAAGCUGUAGG